UUUCUCUUACUGGGUUUCCAAAAACAAGCAAGGACAAUUAAAAUGAGUGGUUAAAGUAUUGUUCUUGAAUUGCUUUGAUUUUGAUCCAUUUUCUUUUUUUUUUUUCUUUUUCUGGGUUUCCCAGAAAAGGAUGUAAAAAUAAUUCUAUGCAUGCAUGAUCUGAGUGAGCGUAAUGGUCGGUGUAGAAAGAAGAGUUGAAGUUUCCAAAUGUGUUGGGGGGCCAGGAGGCUUGAGUUUCAAUAAUUGAGUGUUGCAUUUUCGAUUUUGAACAAGUCAUUGCUUUUACGUUUGGUUUGACUUUUCUUACAAAGAAGUAGUUUUGGUUGUUGGACAAACUAAGGACUUUGAAUCAAAGGGUUAGAUUAUUUUUGAUCUUUUUGGGCUUAUUUUUAAUUCUUUUUCUUGAUUUUCGGUGGCGCUUACUUUUCAGAAAGUGGGUGUGACCUCUUACUGAGAAAAGAGGCAAAUAAAAAGAGGAAACAGAACUUACCUUUGAAUUCUUUUAGUUGUUUUCUGCAACUGAGUUUUGGGUUGGCUGUUAAAUUCUAACUGAUUGUUUGAGAGAGUGGUGGACAUUCAUGAUAGUAAAGAAAUGCAUGACCUCAAGAUUAAGUACUGAUGUGCUUAUACUAAAAUGAAGACAGCUCAGGCGUGGCGUCUAGGCAUGGGUGAUAUGCAGAUCUUGCCUGGGGCUCGCCACCGCCCUCCUAUGAAGAGACCAAUAUGGAUAAUAGUGUUGGUUUCGAUGGUCAGCCUGUUCCUAAUUUGUGCUUAUGUCUAUCCACCCCAAGGCAGUUCUGCUUGUUACGUAUUUUCAUCCAGAGGUUGCAAGGUUCUUACCGAUUGGCUUCCGCCUGCUCCUGCAAGGGAAUAUACAGAUGAAGAAACUGCUUCUCGUGUUGUGGUUAGGGAAAUUAUGAGUUCACCUCCUCUUCAGACAAAAAAUGCUAAGAUUGCUUUUAUGUUCUUGACUCCUGGUUCAUUACCUUUCGAGAAGCUGUGGGAAAAGUUUUUCCAUGGUCAUGAAGGCAGGUUUUCAAUCUAUGUGCAUGCAUCUAAGGAAAAACCAGUGCAUGUGAGCCGUUACUUUAUUAAUAGGGAUAUACGCAGUGAUCAGGUGGUGUGGGGAAAAAUCUCGAUGGUUGAUGCAGAAAGGCGACUUUUAGCAAAUGCUCUACAGGAUCCUGACAAUCAGCAUUUUGUGUUACUUUCUGAUAGUUGCGUACCAUUACAUAACUUUGACUAUGUCUACAACUAUCUGAUAUACACAAAUCUGAGUUAUGUUGAUUGCUUUUAUGAUCCUGGUCCACAUGGGAAUGGUAGGUACUCAGAACACAUGUUACCUGAAGUUGAGAAGAAAGACUUCAGAAAGGGUGCACAGUGGUUCUCAAUGAAGCGGCAACAUGCUGUGAUAGUUGUGGCUGAUUAUCUUUACUACUCAAAAUUCCGCGAGUACUGCAAGCCUGGUUUGGAAGGGAAAAAUUGCAUUGCCGAUGAACAUUAUUUGCCAACCUAUUUCCAUAUGGUUGAUCCUGGUGGAAUUGCAAACUGGUCGGUAACACAUGUUGAUUGGUCUGAGAGAAAGUGGCAUCCAAAAUCUUAUAGGGCUCAGGAUAUUACGUAUGAGCUUCUGAAGAAUAUUACGUCAAUUGAUCAAAGUAUACAUGUGACAAGUGAUGAAAAGAAGGAAGUGCAAAUACAGCCAUGCUUGUGGAAUGGCAUCCGACGGCCAUGCUACUUGUUCGCAAGGAAAUUCUACCCAGAAGCUAUUGAUAACCUGCUGCAACUUUUCUCCAAUUAUACAACAAUUUAAGAAAUAAUUUCUCGACUCUAAUUUUUUCUUUUCUUUUCGGUUGGAUCCAUAGUUGCUUUCGACCCCCACUGCGUCUCAGUAUCUGAAAUGUCCUAAAAAAAUUUGUAAAUGCUGCAUACUGAGGCGAUAAUGAUAAUGUCCUCCCAGCACGGUUUAUUUGUGCAUGGGCAACUAGGAGAGCAGUUAGGGUGACUUAUUAGUUGGGUUGGAGGCUAACGAUAUCAAUUUAUUAGGGGCGGGUGAUUUCUUGUUCAUUUUUUACCCUCCAUUUUGGGCUUAUAGUUGAAAUUUUUUGGGGGAUUUAUUAUUUCAAUAGUUGAAAAUGUGGAGUUGCAAAUAGAACACUAUUUUGAAAAGAUUAUUAGGCUGAGCAAUUCCAAACUUGUGUAAAUUGAAAAAGAAUGAGAUUGUAUAUCAUCUCUUUGGCCUGCAA